AUGGCAGCGGUAAGGCAGCAGACGGACUGCGACUCCCAUCAGCCCUCGGCGUUGCUGACGCCCCCAAUGUCGUCGAGCAGCCGGGGGCCGGGGGCCGGAGCGCGCCGACGCCGAACCCGCUGCCGCCGCUGCCGGGCCUGUGUGCGAACUGAGUGCGGGGACUGCCACUUCUGCCGAGACAUGAAGAAGUUCGGGGGGCCCGGGCGCAUGAAGCAGUCGUGCCUGCUGCGGCAGUGCACUGCCCCUGUGCUGCCACACACAGCUGUAUGCCUCUUGUGUGGGGAGGCUGGGAAGGAGGACACAGUGGAGGGAGAGGAAGAGAAAUUUGGUUUGAGCCUCAUGGAGUGUACAAUCUGCAAUGAGAUCGUCCACCCUGGCUGCCUGAAGAUGGGGAAGGCUGAGGGUGUCAUCAAUGCAGAGAUCCCCAACUGCUGGGAGUGCCCUCGCUGCACCCAGGAAGGCCGGACCAGCAAGGAUUCAGGUGAGGGACCAGGCCGCCGCAGGGCUGACAACGGCGAGGAGGGCGCCAGCCUGGGGAGUGGAUGGAAGCUGACGGAGGAGCCGCCACUUCCACCACCUCCACCCAGGCGCAAAGGUCCCUUACCUGCUGGGCCCCCCCCAGAGGACGUGCCUGGGCCCCCCAAAAGAAAGGAGAGGGAGGCAGGGAAUGAGCCCCCUACCCCAAGGAAAAAGGUGAAAGGAGGCCGAGAAAGGCACCUGAAGAAGGUGGGUGGAGACGCCUGCCUCCUCCGAGGAUCGGACCCAGGCAGCCCUGGCCUUCUGCCCCCCAGGGUUCUGAAUCCGAGCCAGGCUUUCUCGUCCUGCCACCCUGGGCUCCCUCCCGAGAACUGGGAGAAACCAAAGCCGCCUUUGGCCUCUGCUGAGGGCCCGGCGGUGCCUUCCCCGUCACCCCAGCGGGAGAAGCUCGAGCGCUUCAAGCGGAUGUGCCAGCUGCUGGAGCGGGUGCCCGACACAUCCUCAUCCUCCUCGGACUCCGACUCAGACUCCGACUCAUCAGGCACAUCGCUGAGUGAGGAUGAGGCUCCUGGCGAGGCCCGGAAUGGGCGACGGCCAGCCCGGGGCAGCUCGGGCGAGAAGGAGAACCGCGGGGGGCGGCGGGCUGUGCGCCCUGGCGGCGGAGGGCCCCUCCUCAGCUGGCCCCUGGGCCCCGCACCCCCGCCCCGGCCCCCACAGCUGGAGCGGCAUGUGGUUCGGCCCCCGCCUCGAAGCCCCGAGCCCGACACGCUGCCUUUGGCUGCUGGAUCCGACCACCCCCUGCCCCGCGCCGCCUGGCUGCGUGUCUUCCAGCACCUCGGGCCCCGAGAGCUAUGCAUUUGCAUGCGAGUGUGCCGGACUUGGAGCCGCUGGUGCUACGACAAGCGUCUGUGGCCUCGGAUGGACCUGAGCCGGAGGAAGUCACUGACCCCGCCCAUGCUUAGUGGUGUGGUUCGCCGCCAGCCUCGAGCCCUGGACCUCAGCUGGACAGGUGUCUCCAAGAAGCAGCUCAUGUGGCUUCUGAACCGACUGCAAGGCCUGCAGGAGCUGGUGCUGUCUGGCUGCUCCUGGCUCUCUGUCUCUGCCCUGGGCUCAGCCCCACUGCCAGCUCUGCGGCUCCUGGACCUCCGCUGGAUUGAGGAUGUUAAAGACUCCCAGCUCCGCGAGCUGCUGCUGCCUCCGCCAGACACCAAGCCAGGGCAAACGGAGAGCCGAGGGCGGCUACAGGGGGUAGCCGAGCUGCGCCUGGCCGGCCUGGAGCUGACGGACGCCUCCUUGCGGCUCCUGCUGCGCCACGCACCCCAGCUGAGCGCCCUGGACCUGAGCCACUGCGCCCACGUUGGGGAUCCCAGUGUCCACCUCCUCACGGCCCCCACCUCCCCGCUCCGAGAGACCCUGGUACACCUCAAUCUCGCCGGUUGUCACCGCCUCACGGACCACUGCCUCCCGCUGUUCCGCCGCUGCCCGCGCCUCCGCCGUCUCGACCUGCGCUCCUGCCGCCAGCUCUCCCCGGAAGCUUGUGCCCGGCUGGCAGCCGCUGGGCCCCCUGGCCCCUUCCGCUGCCCAGAAGAGAAGCUGCUUCUCAAGGACAGCUAG